CGGUUUUCCGUGAUAGGCUUCUCGUAUCUCCUCGUAUGCUUCGGCCUGGGUUUUGUCAUUAGUUAUUUUCACACUUAAAAUAUCCGGUUUUUCGGUUUUGGUAUCUGUUGUUGUUUUCUGUUUUCUGUUUUUUUUUCUUUCUUUUUGUAUUUUUUUCUUUUUCCCUUUUUAGCUUUUGAUGUAUUCGCUUUGCGUUUCCUAGGCCUCCUCCUCCUAGGCCUCUAUAUUUCACUCGGGCAAUCGGUGUCAGAGAAAUACAUGUAAUGGUAAUGGUAAUGGUAAUGGUAAUGGUAGCUGUGCCAGAUAGAUGCAGCAAAUGGAAUUCAUACUUGAUAAUUUUGAAGCAAGUCCUGCAUUGCAGGUAAAUUUGGUUCAGAUGAGUUCUACAUGAAUUAGAAAAAAUCUUCCAUUUGGAGAAAUUUCCGUACCAUUCGCUCCCGUUACUCCCGACUCCCCACUACAGGGGCCGAAAAGUCACCUUCGUGCAACACAAUCGUUCAGCUUACAUGAUGUGGCAUUAUUUUUCAAGAUGGCGGCACAAUUCGGCGUUUUACGUAGACGGUAGUAUAUUAAACAUGUCGUUACGAGUUUGGUGUGCCUUGGUCACUGCUCAGCUUGGUUUAGGAGCUUAUGGUGUGAUCGUCACAAAGUUUGCUAAGGGCAGCAAAGCAGAUCCUCUGGUGUUUUGUCUGUUGCGUGACGCGGGAGCCUUUCCCUUGAUGUUGUUAACAGCGUUUCUCGUCGAAGGAAAAGUUAGCAUGCCUUCUCUGAGAAGCAUCCCCCUGCUCAUGGUCCUUGGUCUCACAGGCAUGUUUGCUACCCAGUUGCUCUAUCUCCUGGGUGUGUACUUGACAACAGCCAACAUGGCCGCUAUGUUUCAACCGGCAGUUCCUGUUUGGAGUACUUUUCUAGCGAUGAUAUCCGGAGUAGAGCCACCUCCAAGACUAACAAAAUCACAUGGUUGGGCCAAAAUUUUUGGUGUACUUUUAGCAGUUACUGGAGCUUUCACAAUGACGCUGGGAAAAUUUAGGAGGAAUUCCAGAGAAGACUCUUGGUUAGUGAGUGGUUCAUCUGUUGGGAGUCAGUUUCUUGGAUGUAUUUGUCUCUUUGCCAAAACCUCAAGCACUGCUGUGUAUUUCAUAAUACAGAAGAAAUAUAUAUUUAACCAAUGUCAAUCAGAAUGGAAAACUCGGCCUAUGGCUGUAACUGCCUGGAGUUACUUCUUUGCUACAGUUUUCCUAGCAUUUGCUUCAUUAAUCUAUGUUAAACAGCCAGAGAAGUUUACAAGUUUUUCCCGAGAAGCCUUUUACUGUUUAGUUUAUGCAAUUUUCAUUACUUCCACCAUGUGUUAUUUGCUUCUGUCGUGGUGUAACAUGCAGGUGCAGCCAACAAUUGUUGCAGCCUCCUGGCCACUUCAGGCCUUGUUCUGUGCAAUUCUGUCCUCUGUAUGUUUAGGACAAUCACUGCAAUUCUUAGAGUGUUUUGGUGGGAGUUUUAUAGCCUGUGGACUUUGUGCAGUUUUGUGGUCGAACAACAAAGUGAACAAAGAAUUAUAUCUAUUGCAAGCUAAAAAGGAACCAGAUACACUCUAGCUGUUAGAAAAGGUUAACUCAGAUAAACUCAGACAGCAUUGAAUGAGCUUACAUGUAUAUAACCCCAAGUUACAGUACUUGUGAAUAAAAAUGGUCUACUGUUUUUAACCUGUAAGCUAGAGAGUACAUACGGUUGCUGUUCAUGUAUGAUCUUAUUUAUUCCAAAGAAAACAGGAAACAGUAAUAUUAAAAAUAAUAUUAUAUGUACCAAGAUGUUAUGUUUCAUUUAGAAAGUAUAUAAUAAGUAAACAAGUUCAAGAGGAUCACGCUCAAUGCCAAAGUAUUGCUAACAGCAUGGGCAUGUUUAUUAAUUUACUGCAUGCAAAACACUCAAGUUUUUAAUACAUGAUAACUUUGUUUGUAAGGAUUAUAUAAAUGCAUGUUGGAAAAUUAUAAUCAGGUUAAGUACCAAUAACCAGAGUUUGUGUGCUUAGGGAGCACCUGCAUGCUUGUACCUUUCUUUCCCACGAUUUUUUUCCCCAAAGAUAAGAUUAGGACUGAGACUGACAGCAGAGAAGACCAAGUAGUGGGGGUGUGGGGAGAGAAGGGUGUACUUUCUAGAAUUGAUUGCAUAAGUUUUGGUCUCAACACUGACUCUGUGAUUGGCUCCUUUUGAUGGGCCUGUGAAUUUUGAAAAACCAUUCUGGGAAUCAUGAUUUGAGUGUACACCUUGAGAUGUGUACUUCUGUGGAUCAUCAAACAAAAAUAGAUUCAUGAAAUGUAAAAUCAACUUUUGUGACCUUGUAAAUUAAGAUUCCCCGGCCCCCGUUCCUUUCCCCAGAACCAUCUGUCCCUUUCAGCUAUAUAGUGGGGCCUUGGCCUGAGGAAAAGAUGGCCCUGGAUUCUUGGACUAAUUAAGAGGUUCACUAUAUUCAAUGCUGGUU